AUGACCAAGACAUGGACCAACUUGAGUUUGAAAGCUGUUUUCGAGUAUGUAGAAGCAAAUAAGCGGCUCAAAAUAAUAUCCCAUUGUCCAACACUGCGUCCUAUCGAAAAGGAAACCCCACUGCAUCUGGAUUGCCUAUCGUUUAGGAAAAAUGAGAUCUGGCUUAACAAAAGAUUCAUACAACCAAAGACAUACAAAUACAGAGCUGUCAAGAAUAUAGAAAGACUCAAAUCAUUCUUGAGAGGAAGGAAGAGUAUCCGGACUAAGGAACUGGAAGUUCUAGAUUUAAGUUGCAUUCCAAGAAAUCUGAAAAUUUAUGUGGAUUCGGUGAACUCUGGAGAUUUGGACUUUUCACUAGUGCUCUCUUUCCUUGAUACAACAUAUAUUGCAUAUGCCGAAAUUGCUGGAAAGUUGGUUAUUCGGGUUAGUGAAGUGGAUAGAGGAACACUGGAAAGGAUGACAGAUGUUUUGUUCAACGCCAGAAACCAAAACAUAAUAUUUGAAAACUUCCGUUUAGAGGCAGAAAGCAUGGCAGUGCUUGUUCAAUCAUGGCAAGAGAACCAAUACGAGAUUGGGAGGAUUUUUACUUCAUAUAUCCAAAACAUAAUAACAGGAUCACCAGGUUUUGUGGAAGACGUACUGGAAAGAUCGAAUGGACAAAAAGUCGUUCUCAAGAGCUGUGAUUGGCCAAGAAUAUUGUAUUCACCGUGCAUUACCUUCCCAUGCAACCCGACAUCUGAGUUGGUUUUGUACAGCUGCAAACGUGAUUACUUCGGACUGAAUCAAACAAAAUUGGAAAUGAUGCCGAUCGGAUCAACUCGCCCAGCUACCAUUCUUGAUUAUAUUGGUUGCAUUCCGAAAAAUCCGAAAAUAAAUGCAGACUCCGUGAAUUCAGGAGAUUUGGACUUUGCACUAGUGCUCCCUUUCCUCCAUAUAAGUAGCUUCCCGCUGAAAGUUCUCAAAAUGAACAUUUCCAACACUUCAGCAAGUAUUGAAUACGCCGAUAUUGCUAAAAAGUUGGUUAUUCGGGUUAGUGGAGCGGGUAGAGGAACUCAAUGGAUAGCAAAUGUUUUGUUCCACCCCAGAAACCAGAACAUAGUAUUUGAAAACUUGCGUUUGUGGGCAGCAAAUAUGGCUGCGCUUGUUCAAUCAUGGCAACAGAACCAAUACAAGGUUGGGAGGAUUUUCACUUCAUAUAACCAAAACAUAAUAUCAGGAUCAUCGGAAUUUGUGGAAGAAGUACUGGCAAGAACGAAUGGACGAAAAGUUCUGAUCAAGGGCUGUGAUUGGCCAAGAUUCCUCUAUUCCCCUUGCAUUACGUUCCCAUACAACUCGACAUGUGAGCUGGUUUUGUACAGUUACAGAAAAAAUAUCUGUCAACCAUAUCAAACGAAAUUGGAAGUGAUGCCGAUCGGAUCAACUCUAUUCGAACCUCCAUUCACUAACUCCAUGACCAAGCCAUGGACCACCUUGAGUUUGAAAGCAAUCUUCGAGUAUGUAGAAGCAAAUAAGCGGCUUGAAAUAAUAUCCCAUUGUCCAACACUGCGUCCUAUCGAAAAAGAAACCCCACUGCAUUUGGAUUACCUAUCAUUUAGAAAGAAUAAAAUAAGGAUUAACACUAAAUCCAUACAAUCAAAGCCAUACAAAAACAAAGCUGGCAUGGAAAUAAGUGUAGCAGAAAGACUCAAAUUCUUAUUGAGAGGAAGAAAGAGCAUUCAAACUAAGGAAUUUAAAGUUCUAGAUUUUGGUUGCAUUCCGAAAAAUCUGAAAAUAAAUGCAGACUCCGUGAAGUCAGGAGAUUUGGACUUUGCACUAGUGCUCCCUUUCCUCCAUAUAAGUAGCUUCCCCCUGAAAUUUCUCAGAAUGAACAUUUCCAACACUACAUCAAGUAUUGAAUACGCCGAUAUUGCUGAAAAGUUGGUUAUUCGGGUUAGUGAAGUGGACAGAGGAACAUUAGAACGGAUAACAGAUAUUUUGUUCAACGCCAAAAACAAGAAUAUAGUAUUUGAAAACUUCCAUUUGGAGGCAGAAAGCAUGGCAACGCUUGUUCAAUCAUGGCAAGAGAACCAUUACGAGAUAGGGAGGGUUUUCACUUCACAUUGCCAAAGCCAAAUAAUAGGAUUACCAGGUUUUGUGGAAGACGUACUGGAAAUAUCGAAUGGACAAAAAGUCGUUCUCAAGAGCUGUGAUUGGCCAAGAUUUCUCUAUUCCCCGUGCAUUUCCUUUCCAUGCAGCCCGACAUCUGAGUUGGUUUUGUACAUCUCCAGAAGGGAUUUUUUUGGGCUGGAUCAAACAAAAUUGGAAGUGAUGCCGAUCGGAUCAACUCGCCCAGCUACCAUUCUUGAUUCUCUGUCACUUGAUUUGUAA